AUGUCGUCACCGAGACGAAUCGCUGUCAUCGGCCAUCGUGGCUGGGCGAGCUCAGCCAUCUUGGGCGCAUUAGCAGCGUCGUCUGCAUCUGUCAAGGUUCUCCACCAAGCUGACUCUGAUGUCUCCGGUGUGCCUCCCCAAGUUACGACCACUCUCGUGGAUUUCGCGGACGUACCCGCGUUAGUUGAAGCACUCCGCGACAUCGAUAUUGUGAUCUCCCUCGUUGGCCCCCCUGGAGUGGAGAAGCAACAGGCUCUCGUCAAGGCAAUUCCGCAGACAAACGUCCAGCUUUUCUCACCGUCCGACCUGGCUGCUCGUUACGAUGGCCAGGGUCUGUCGAUUCCAGUGAAUAAGGCCAAGUUAGAGGUCGAAAACGCCGCCAGAAGCGCGUGCAUACCUAUUACGAUCGUACUUCCAGGCAACUUUGCCGAGUUUGCGCUAUCCACACCGGCAAUGGGGAUCGACUUGGAGAACAACAAAUUGAUACACACUAUCGACAGUGACAAGCAGUCUCUCAAUGUAUGCACCAGAUCAUACGUCGCUGCUGCAUAUGUCUCGAUAUUUGCAGAAACACCGAUAUCACAGCUGAAAGACCGCGUCAUCGGCCUUUCGGAGUUGACAUUCAGUGGCGACGAUCUUGCACAAGCGCUUCACGCAAGGCACGGGAGGUUCCCGACUCUUUUCCGCCACAGCCGUGAAAAGGUAGACUCUGAGAUUGAAGCUGCCUUGACGCAAGGCUCGCCUUUUUCUCUUCCAUGGUAUUGCCGGAAGAUUUGGGGCACGGGUCAGCAACGAACGAUGAUCGGCCAAGACAUAUGGGAGGUUCAAGACUUUCCAAAGGCUUCCCUAGAGAGUCUGGUCACUCAGGGGCAUGUGGAAUCGUAUCGUGAGCUACCAUCCUUCGUGCAGGAGUAUUUCAGAUCGACAUUCGUUGAUGGCUAG